GGUCCUGGCGCGAGUGGCGGAACUGUCAUGCGUAAGGGGAAGGUCAUUUCACAGUUUCCCUCCCCAAUUUUAAACACAAAGACAGGGUACCAAAAUCAUUAGUAGAAGAUGAUCAGGUUUUUCAAUCGAGGUAAGGACAAUGCCGCCGAUGCCUCACCAACCUCUCCGGCGGCGACGCCCUCUUCGUCGCCGGUGACCGGCCCGGCGAAGCCAAUACGCCUCAUCUAUUGCGACGACAAGGGAAAGUUCCGCAUGGACCCGGAAGGCGUCGCCACACUCCAGCUCGUCAAGGAACCUAUCGGCGUGGUCUCUGUCUGUGGACGGGCUCGCCAAGGCAAGAGCUUCAUUUUGAAUCAGCUAUUAGGGAGGAGUAAUGGAUUUCAAGUAGCAUCAACACAUCGACCAUGUACAAAAGGGCUUUGGUUGUGGAGUGCGCCAUUAAAGAGAACUGCUCUUGAUGGAACAGAGUUCAAUCUCCUGCUAUUAGACAGUGAAGGAAUAGAUGCUUAUGAUCAAACGGGAAAAUACAGCACCCAGAUCUUCUCAUUGGCUGUCCUUUUGUCUAGCAUGUUCAUUUAUAACCAGAUGGGUGGUAUUGAUGAGGCUGCCAUAGAUCGCCUUUCUUUUGUCACUCAAAUGACAAAGCACAUUCGUGUUAGAGCAUCUGGAGGAAGGAGUUCUGCAUCUGAACUGGGACAGUUUUCCCCAAUUUUUGUUUGGCUUCUAAGAGACUUCUAUUUGGACCUAGUAGAAGAUAACCAAAAGAUAACACCCCGUGACUAUCUUGAACUUGCUUUGAGGUCUGUCGAAGGGAGUGGAAAAGAUAUAGCUGCUAAAAACGAGAUUCGAGAUUCCAUUCGGGCUUUAUUCCCAGACAGGGAAUGCUUCACUCUUGUGCGACCUUUAAACAAUGAAAAUGAUCUACAGCGACUUGACCAGAUAUCGUUGGAAAAAUUACGGCCUGAAUUUCAAUCUGGCCUUGAUGCUUUGACCAAGUUUGUUUUUGAGAGAACAAAGCCAAAACAAGUUGGGGCCACUAUGAUGACAGGUCCUGUGUUGGUUGGUAUAACUGAAUCUUAUCUGGAUGCUCUCAAUCAUGGUGCCGUGCCCACAAUUUCUUCGUCCUGGCAGAGUGUUGAAGAAGCCGAGUGCCGUAGGGCAUAUGAUUCUGCUACUGAAGUUUAUAUGUCUUCUUUUGACCGUUCUACACAGAUUGAGGAAGUUGCUUUGAGGGAAGCACAUGAAGAAGCAGUUCGAAUUUCAGUGUCUGCUUUUACUGCUAGCGCUGUAGGAGUUGGUUCAGCAAGGAAGAAAUAUGAAGGCCUGCUGCAGAAAUUUCUCAAAAAGGCAUUUGAGGAUUAUAAGAGGAAUGCAUUUAUGGAGGCUGAUCUGCAGUGCUCAAAUGCCAUUCAGUCCAUGGAAAAGAGGCUAAGGGCAGCUUGUAAUGCUUCUGAUGCAAAGAUAGAUAAUAUUGCCAAGGUUCUUGAUGCUCUUUUGUGUGAAUAUGAAAAAUCCAUUCUAGGUCCAAGGAAGUGGCAAAAACUUACUGUCUUCUUACAACAAAGUUUCGAAGGCCCAGUACUAGACCUGACCAAGAGACUAAUAGAUAAAGUUGAAUCAGAUAAGAGUUCUCUCAAUUUAAAAUGCCGAUUUAUUGAAGAUAAGCUGACCCUACUUAACAAGCAGCUGGAUGCCAGUGAAAGCGAGAAGUCUGAGUAUAUUAAACGCUAUGAGGAUGUCAUCAAUGAUAAGAAGAAGCUAACCGAUGAGUAUAUGAAUCGCAUAACUGAUCUGCAGUCUAACCGUCGGUCACUGGAUGAGAGGUAUUCUAGCUUAUCAAAAACCCUGGACUCUAUUAAGCAAGAAUCCAUGGAUUGGAAAAGAAAAUAUGAACAAGUUUUAUCAAGGAAGAAGGCUGAGGAAGAUCAAGCUAGUUCUGAAAUUGCUGCCCUCAAGUCACAUAACAAUGCUGCCGAAGCAAGGUUGGCUGCAGCAAGGGAGCAAUCUCAGUCUGCUCAAGAGGAGGCUGAAGAGUGGAAGCGGAAGUAUGACGUUGCUGUUAGAGAAGCAAAAGCUGCUCUAGAGAAGGCAGCAAUUGGGCAGGAGCGCACAAAUAUGCAAACACAGUUGAGGGAAGAUGCUUUAAGAGAAGAAUUUUCCGGCACUUUGGCUGAAAAAGAAGAUAUAAUAAAGGAGAAGACUGCCAAACUUGAGCAUGCUGAGCAGUGUUUAACAACUUUGAAAUUAGAAUUGAAGGAUGCUGAGUCAAAAAUAAGGAAUUAUGAAGCACAAAUAUCAUCUCUGAGGCUUGAAAUUAAAGAGUUAAUCGAGAGGUUGGAAACUGAUAACGCUAAGGCCCAGUCAUAUGAGAAGGAUGUGAUGGUAAUUCAGCAGGAGAAGAACCAUCUAGAGCAGAAGUACAAAUCUGGGUUCACAAGAUUUGAGGAGGUACAGGAAAGGUGUAAAAAUGCUGAAAAGGAAGCUGUAAGGGCUACUGAAGUGGCUAACAAAGCACGGGCGGAAGCAGAGAUGGCUCAGAAGGAGAAGAGCGAGAUGCAGAGGCUUGCAAUGGAGAGACUGACACAUAUUGAGAGGGCUGAGAGGAAAAUUGAAAAUUUGGAGAGGGAGAAAGAUAAUUUGGAAGGUGAAUUGCAGAGCGUGAGGGAUUCAGAGAAGGGUGCACUUGCCAAAGUUUCAAAACUGGAGGAAAAGGUAGAACAGAGAGAGAAGGAUGUUGACUCACUUUUGGAGAAAGAUGGAACUCAUCGGCGAAAUAGUGCACAGAUUCUCGAACAACUUUUGGAAACAGAACGUGAAGCACAUGCUCAGGCAAAUAACAGAGCUGAGGCUCUCUCUCUCAAGUUACAGUCUUCACAAGCCAAAAUUGAUUAUCUCCAUCAAGAGCUGACCAAGUUUCGACUGAAUGAAACAGUAUUGGACAGUAAGCUAAACAUUGCCUCCCAUGGAAAACGUUUGAGGAUAGAUGAUGAAAUUGAUGUAGAAUCUGUUCAGGACAUGGGUAUGAGCCCUAGAAUUAUGAGGGAAAGUAAGAGAUCUAAGAGCACAUCUAAUUCGCUUAAGUACAAGCCUCCAGAAGAUGGUGGUUCCAUUUUUGAGGGUGAUGAGGACAACCAUAGUCAGAAAACUAAUGAGGAUGAUUAUAAGAAGUUUACAAAGCAGAAGCUUAUGCAAGAGCUGACAAAACAUAACUAUGGUGAUCAGCUGCUUGGGUUGAAGAAUCGCAACAAGAAUGCUAUCCUUGCCCUGUAUGAGAAAUGUGUUCUUCAGAAGUCAUAACAGUUGUGUAAAGGACUUAUUAUUAGGACAAAGCAUCUAAUCACAUCCACCUGCUGUGGAAUCUACAAUGGGUUUGGGUCCAUGCAAAUUUCAUUUAUGCCACGGUGGCUAGCAUUUAGACUAGAAGUAUUUUGUCAAUUUAAUUUUUCUGUUUGAGUGCUUUAUUAUAUUAUAUGUGUUUAAUUAUUUUUGGAGCAAUGAUCAUCGGGUUGGCCAAAGAAAAUUUUUCAUGGUCUGAUCUUUAUUUCUAAAAUGCUUUAGUUAGUUGGAUAUAAUAUAUCUUGUAUAGUUUGUAUUGU